AAUGGAUUUAAGGUCAUUCAAUAGACUAUAAAAGUCAAUCUAGUUUCAUUGUAGUCAGCAGAAGUGUUAGUUUAUCUCUUUCCGAAUCACUGUAUUUCUCUCCUGCGCAACAGCUAAAAAUAUGACACAAGAAGCAAAAUGGAUUGAAGUCUUCAAUAAAAUAGACAAGGAUAAAAAUGGGUCAUUAUCACUUGCUGAAGUUCAACAGUGCUUUAAAGAGAUUAAAGUCGAUCCCAAACUCGCCGAAAAUUUUAUCAAAGAAACUGACGCUAAUGAUGAUGGAAAAGUUUCCUUGGAUGAAUAUUUAGGAUAUCUGAAGAAAGUUGACAAAUGUAAUACAGCAAUUGAAGGCUGGAAACGUGUAUUUCAACAAAUAGACAAGGAUAAUUCAGGAAAAGUCUCCAUUAAAGAAAUGGAGGAAUUUACGCAAAGUAGCGGGGCUCACGAAAAUCUAGAAGAUUUGAGAAAGUGGAUUGCAGAAAAUGACAAGGAUAAAGACGGUGAGAUCAACUGUGAAGAAUUCUUAGAUUGUGUACGCAAAUCUUGUAAAUAAUUUACAGGGUUCAUUCACUGCCCUAAGCGUGAAAAAAACAGAGACAAUGGGAUUAAAAACAGUAGAUUAACUUUCAGCUUAAAAAUGUAUUUUAUUACUGCUAUUAUUAUAAUUUUUGCAAAAUAAAUAGAUAAAUUCUAUCUUUA